UCUGCUGCACGAUAGGAUCUAGCCCUAGCACCGACCACGCCGCCUCCUCCGCCGUUUCCCGCGUCUCCUCGUCAGAAUCCUCGUCCUCCGCAAGGCAGAAGAAGCUGGACCCGACGGUUGACCGCGCCGGCGAGGGAGGAGCCGAUGCGCCGACGGCACGCGCAGGAUCCGACCGAGCCACCCCAUCGCAAGCCGCCAUCGAAACCGGCCGGCCCGCAGUUGCCGCGUAGUGCCGCAGAUCGCCUCGUGGUCUCUGUUAGAUCGGCAAGUCGCAGCAGACGGCGGCGGGCACGUUCGCGCGGCAGCCGGCGGGUGUAGGUUGGCAGCCUGGCGUGCAGGAUCGUGGCGGCCGGCGGCGUGCGGGAGACUCGCGCGUGUUGGAUCGUGGCGGCCGGCGGCGUGCGGGAGACUCGCGCGGCGUGCGGGAGACUUUUGCGCCUCACGGCUAUUUCAGCCAGAGAGAUCUCCAGAUCUACCUUAAUCUGACGACGGCCGCGCGUAUGUAUCAUCCAAAUGGUUGUAGGUAGCACCUGGGUCUGGGGAGCUUGUCAUAUUUGGUUCAGAUGCAAAGAGGCCUUUCCUAGUUGUUGGGGUUGUCUCAGAUGAUGGAACCAAACUAAAACAUAAAGUUGACCUCAAGCUGGACAGACCUACACUUUGUCAUGACAUAGGAGUUACUUUAAAGUACAACAUAAUCAUGGAUUUACCACUUACGGCUGACAUCGGUAGAGUCACUACAGGUGGUCAGCUGAUUGAAUUUGAAAAGAAAGGUUAUGCAAGAAUUGGGGUUAUGCCUCGCUAUGGUGACGCGGAAUCAGUUAUGUGGUUCGAUGUUGAACCAUGCUGCAUGUUUCAUCUUAUCAAUUGCUUCGAAGAUGGCGAUGAGGUUGUUGUGCAGGGACUCCGCUCAGCUGACUCCAUCAUACCAGGGCCAAGAUUAAACAAACACAGCAUAAUUCCUGAAAGGCCCGAACUUAAAAGAGAUGGCAAGACCAUGAAACAAGGAAUAGAUGAGAAUUUUUUCUCUCGCUUGUAUGAAUGGAGACUAAACCUGGAAAGAAAGACAGUUUCGGGGGAAUAUUUAACUGGAAUAGAUUGGUCCUUGGAAUUCCCAAUGAUCAACAACUACUACACAGGCGUCCAUCAUAGCUAUGCCUAUGCACAAAUAGUGGAUUCUUUAAGAUCAGGAGGCGCAAGUAAAAGAGUACUUCCUAAGUAUGGAGGUUUUGCAAAACUAUGUCUUGAAGAAAGAGAAAAUGUAACAGAGAGGUCGGCCGAAAAUCUAAUAAAGAUGGAGAUUCAUAAACUUGAUGAAGAUCAGUUUUGCUCUGGAGCAUCAUUUGUUCCAACAGUUGGUGGCCCAUAUGAAGAUGAUGGGUGGAUAAUUUCUUUUGUACAUAAUGAACGAACUAAUACAUCACAGGUGCACAUUAUUGACACCCAAGAAUUUGAAGGUGCUCCUGUUGCCAAAAUAACGCUGCCGCGAAGAGCGGCAGGCAGCGGCGGUGAGGAUUGGGUCCAAUCUAGGUCUGUUGGGCCGGGGCGGGCGUCGAUCUGCAUGUCGUGGCUCUGCCUCCUCGGCAGUGAGGCGUUCGUGGGCAUCUCUCACGUCAUGAGGAAACCUGGGGCAGCAGCCCCGGGAAUGGUGGUGGUGGUCAUCUUCUUCGUCGGAGGUGGUCGGCCAAGCUGGUAG